CACAGGCACCUCAACUUUGGGCGGGAGCGAAAGUGACACCGCUUUAUUCAACGUGCCAAAUAGAAUGACGAGGGUAAAUGAGAUGGUGUGUCAUGAGAUUGAGAAACGAGCUGAAGCGGGGUCUGAGCAGCUUGACUCCACCAUUCUACCUCGAGGUGGCAGACACCACCAUGGGCACCAACGUCAGGCACCGCGACCUCUCUUUUGACUACUCAUCACCAGCCGCCUCCAAUCUUCUCUCGUCUUUAUCUUACCAGCUAGCGUCGUCCCCUCUUUCUGAGGGCUGGGCAAACAAUGAAACGCAGGAUGCAUCUGACGAGACCAUCGUAGCCCUCACUCGACCGACCACGCCUGGUCAGCCGCCUCAGCAGACGGAUGUCAAUGGAGGGGGCAACACCUUCUUUGAGGAUGAGAGGCGCCGCCUUACGUGGGACAUUGCUGAUUCCCUUGAAGCCGUCCUGACUCAAGUCAAUGCCAUCAACCGCAACCUCGAGGACUGGAUCCGCGUCAGGCCCUUGAUAGACGACAGUUCGGAGCUCUACAAUCAAUUCGUCGCUCUUCUACGCCGCCUGCGACUCGAUGGCUUCGACGGCGAGGAGCAUGAAGGACAGCAAGUGGAGCUUACACACUCUCGGAACGACCUCGAGAAGCAGCAUCAACAGGAGCCUCGCACAGCCACCUCCCUCGCCACGGAUCGUGAGCAAACGAUGACUGAAAUCGUUGCUCCAGGCGGAGGCAGCUGGAAUCCCCGUACUUCGACGAGGACGGAUGCCACCGUGGCAGUACGCAGCCGUGGCCCUUGAAAGCAGCCUCGAGGCCUCCCUUUGCUGUAAUCUUUCGCCUGUUUCUCGAAUUACAUCUUUCCAAUCCUUGC